GCCUUUAAAAAAAAAAAGAAAACUAAGCACUGGUUGCUGUUUAGAAACAGCUAGAAUGUGAAGAGCCUCCCACACAGUUAGCGACUGAGGGAGGAAUGCAUGCGCACACACUUUCCCUGUAUCCUUGAUUCUGUCCUCGUCUGCUGUGAUGACUGCAGUGGCUUGACAGGAUCUGACACCUGAACGCCGUCGACAGGCAGCCUCGUUGGCGGAGAAAUCUCGAAGACGCGCUGACCUGAACCGGUUUUCCAUCUCUUUUUCUGUUGCUGUGACAUUUCUGUUUUCUGCAUGUGUAAUAGUAAAUAAUUGAUUGUCGGUGCGCCGCCUUCAGGUCCCAGUAUGGAAAAAGGCAGCAUCCUGCGAGUGCGUUCUGGCUGCAGCUCCUGGCAGGGACAGUGAUUAAGAUCCAGGGAAGCUGCAGAGCACCCACACCCACUGAAGACACACAAGGCUACCCUCACUCCCCCCUCCUCCCACCCUGCCUUUGCUUCUCACGCCGUCUCUCCCUCAGCUCUGCACUCAGCUUGAACAGAACUGCUUGGCUGGUAGGAAGCGCUGUCCAUCGCCUCCCAACAAGCCACUAAGGGGAAACUUCAAGAAGCCCUCUCUCUCGCGUGGCUCCCUAUUCCUCCCACGCAAGGAUGCCGGAGCCUGGAAAGAAAUGGACAGGGCUUCUCUGUGUGUGGGCUCUGUGUCUGUGCCUCUGGUUGCCCGGUGGAUCUCUGGCCAGGAGAGCCCCCAAGGUCCCCCGCUGUCCCGCAACCUGCUCCUGCACCAAAGACAGCGCCUUCUGCGUGGACACCAAGACCAUCCCCAAGAGCUUCCCCCCCGGAAUCAUCUCUCUCAGCAUGCAGGCUGGACCAUGGUGAACGCCGCCUUCACGACCAUCCCAGAGGGGGCCUUCUCGCACCUGCACCUGCUGCAGUUCCUACUCUUGAACUCAAACACAUUCACCAAGAUUGCUGAUGAUGCUUUUGCUGGUCUGUCCCACCUUCAGUACCUAUUCAUUGAGAAUAAUGACAUCCAGGCUUUGUCGAAGUAUACCUUCAGAGGACUUAAAUCUCUGACCCAUCUAUCUCUCUCAAACAACAACCUGCAGCAGCUGCCCCGAGAUCUCUUCAAACACUUGGACAUCCUCACAGACCUAGAUCUGCGCGGGAACUCUUUCCGCUGUGACUGUAAGAUCAAGUGGGUGGUGGACUGGAUGGAGAAGACCAACACCUCUGUCCCGGCCAUCUACUGCGCCAGCCCCUUCGAGUUCCAGGGCCGCAGGAUCCACGACCUCACGCCGCGAGACUUCAACUGCAUCAGUGCAGAUUUCGCCGUGUAUGAAACCUUCCCUUUCCACUCUGUGUCGGUGGAGUCCUACGAGUUCAGCGGUGACCAGUUUGUGGCCUUUGCUCAGCCCGAUUCGGGGUUCUGCACCCUGUACAUAUGGGAUCAUGUGGAGAUGGUCUUCAGGAGGUUUCACAACAUCACAUCUCGCUCUGCUGUGUACUGCAAACCGGUGGUGAUAAACAACACGCUUUACAUGGUUGUGGCUCAACUUUUCGGUGGAUCUCACAUAUACAAGUGGGAGGAGGAUCCACAGCGCUUCGUAAAGAUCCAAGACAUAGACACCAGUCGGGUGAGGAAACCGAACUUCGUGGAGACCUUCCAGCUGGAUGGAGAGUGGUAUUUCAUUGUGGCCGACAGUUCCAAAGCGGGAUCCACCAGCAUUUAUCGCUGGAACAGCAAUGGCUUCUACUCCCAUCAGUCCCUCCACCCCUGGCAUCGAGACACCCACGUGGAGUUCCUGGAUGUCGGGGGAAAGCCCCACCUCAUCCUGUCCAGCGCCUCCCAGCCACCGCUGGUUUACCAGUGGAACCGGAACCAGAAGCAGUUCGUCUUCCACUUCCAGAUCACCGAGCUGGAAGACGUCCAGAUGGUGAAGCACUUCUGGGUGAGGAAGGUUCUUUACCUCUGCCUCACACGCUUCAUCGGCGACUCCAAGAUUCUCCGCUGGGAAGGCCAGCGUUUUGUGGAGAUCCAGACUCUCCCUUCCCGAGGCUCCAUGGCAGUGUAUCCGUUCACGGUGGGCCUCCGCCAGUACCUCAUUCUCGGCAGUGAUUUCUCAUUCUCCAGAGUAUACCUGUGGGAUGACCUCACUCAGCGCUUCCAGCCUUUCCAGGAGCUCAACAUGAGAGCCCCAAGAGGAUUCAACUUGGUUACCGUUGACAACAAGGACAUUUUGCUGGCCGCCAGCUUUAAAGGCAACACCCUGGCCUACCAGCACCUGGUGGUGGAUCUCAGUGCCAAAUGAACAUGUCUGAGCUGGAAGACGGGUCUCUUUUAAUUUAGAAAAUGUGCCAAAUAAGACUGCAACAUGUUUAAGACAUGAAACUAAAAUUGUGCUGUUUCCUCAGAAGUGAAAAGUGAGGCAUUACAUGAUUGCUUAAUCUAUUUUUUAUGCACUAUUAUGUAACAUCUGAAUGAAAUGAUGUGUUAAUGACACCCAGUGUAAUGUCACUGCUGCCCCUCAGCCAAAGGAUGGCUGUUGCCAUGUUGUUUCUUGGAUUACAACGCCCUAUAUUGUAAUAACUAACAUGAAAAUAAUGUGCAUGUUAUUGACUUGAUUAUUCACUGUGACAGGGAAACUGCAUUAAGAAAAGACACUAUUUUGCAUGCCACUGUACAACAAUACUAAACUAAAUACACAGAAAAAUAUUUCAGUAUCUUCAGAUUUAGAUAAGAGUUACUAAGGAUUCGAUAUUCAUGCUGCAGUUGGCACAGCAGUAUGAGGGAAAUUAAACGUGAAAUUAAUGGAGAAUGUGAGCCUCUCUAUGUAAAAAAUCACUUUGGUUAUUUACUAACCUAUUCAUUAAUUAUGCAAAAGAGUUAAAAAACACAAAGUUUUUACAGAUAUUCUUUGAUUUAGUUGUUUAGCACGAAUGUACCUCCUUCCACUGAUUAGGAUUAUUUCUGACAAAUCAGACAAGUCUUUUAUAACAAUGUGGGCUUAGAUGCAAAAUUAAGAAAAUAUUUAUUCUGUCCCAUUUGUAGUCACACACUAAACAUUGUUGCUGUGAACAUCUUUAUGGACAAAUUGAUGGAGUUGUCAUUAAAUUCUGCUCAUGGUCUAAAAUGAUCCAUCUUCUAUCUUUGUCUUAUUUGAUACAGUUUUUUCUUCUUAUAUCUAGAAUAAAAAAAAGACAGUUUUGGUGGGCAUCAACUGUUUAAUGUCAAAAUGAACCCUUAGACUUUUACUUUGCAUGCAUAAUGUACUUUGCAGGAAACUACUUACACAUAAGUGAAUUACAAAUAUGGCUUAUGAAUUACAAAUGUCACUUAAUAACCCAAAUUAGGUGUACAAUAACAUUAAAAACAGAAUUUAUGCAAGAACAACUUGUAUAUUCGUUCAAAUCAUGUACAUAUGACACCCAAUAGAAAUACUGCAGGUGCGCUUGCUAUAUCCCUCCUAUCGGCUGCGUGGGCGGACACUUGUUUCUCUAGCUGUUCAUUGGAACGCUUAGCUCCGCAUCUCCCCGCGCGGGUGUGAUUUAGAAACGCGUUCACCCACUGUUGACAUGCGAAACGUUAGCUCUUCUUGCUAGCAUGACUUUACCCCGAAGUAGGGGAGUGUUUUGAAAGCUGACGGAGGGCCACAGACCAGAUUGUUUUUUUUUUGUUUGUGGAACGAUGUCUGAACUUUUGUGUCAUUUAACGAGAAGUUGACCCGGUAGCGUGGACGUUGCUAAGCUGACGUUAGCACAAGUUCCAGAGCUCGCUGCGUUAGCCGUCUGCUAGCCGUAACAGGGUAGUCGACCAGCUCAAACUUCAGCUUCAAAAACAUGUCCACCGCCGACGUGACGUUUCCACCCGAGUGGGAAGACGACGAGCGGAUGAAUUUUCUGUUCUCCGAGUUCAAGGAGAACCGCGACGUGAACACCACGGACUGGGACAGUAAGAUGGGCUUCUGGACAGCGCAGAUCGCCCGCAGCUGCAGGCAGCGGCGCUCCGUGUGCGUCAGCCUGCAGGAGCUCAGCAGAACCUUCCGGAGGAAGGACAGAACCCCGCUGGGUCUGCCCGUAGUCGUCCAGUCCAUGGCCAGAUGUGGACAGAUCCAGCGGGAGUCCGAGUUUGCUGCAAACGUGGACUGCGGCUGGUUGUCCUGGGGGGUCGGCCUGCUGCUGGUCAAGCCCCUGAAGUGGACCUUCUCCACUCUCCUGGGAAGCAGCAGGGUGCCCUUGGAGGAGUCUUUUGUGGUCAUUGAACUGGUGAAGGAGAAAGCUGCAGAGUUACUCCGGGUCUACCGUGGCAGUGAGUUUUCCAGCUGCGCCGUGGUGUCAUUUCAAGAGCUGUGCACGCUGUGCUCGGACAUCUGUGCGGACGAGGGCACGCUGUGCAUGGCUCUGCUGCAGCUGCAGCGGGACAAGCAGGUCCUAGUGGCCCUGCACGAGGACGAGAAGAUUGUAAAGUUUAUCCAGCCUGGCCAGGAGCGCGUCUCUCCGGUCAGCGAUGUGGACAUUGGCAUCUACCAGCUGCAGCGCAGUGAGAAGCUGCUGGAGGAGCGAGCUCAGAAACUGAGCCUGGAGGCCGACAGGUUCAAAGAGGAAGCCAGGGUUCUGCUGCGGGAGGGAAAGAAAUCAAAGGCACUGAGGUGUUUAAGAAGCCGCAAGAGGGUGGAAAACAGAGCGGACAGCUUGUUUGCCAAACUGGAAACGGUGAGAGGAAUCCUGGACCGGAUAGCCCAGUCAGAGACCGAUAAGACGGUUUUGCAAGCCUACCAGGCAGGCGUGGCCGCCCUGAGGCUGUCGCUUAAGGACGUGAGUGUGGAGCGGGCGGAGAGCCUCGUGGAUCAGAUACAGGAGCUGUGUGACACGCAAGAUGAGGUGAACCAGACCAUUUCCAGCGGCGUGGGCAGUGCAGAUGAAAACAUGGAUGAGCUGGAGGACGAACUGAUGGCCUUGCUGGACGAGUCAAAGCCAGAUGCCGUCUCAGGUUUUCCCGCAGUCCCGGCUAACAGUCUGGGUUCCCCCGGGGAGCAGGUGCUCAGUUCUCUGCCCGCCGUCCCUCAGAGCCGUUUGGGAACGGCCGCCCAGCAGCUGGAGGCAGAACUGAGUCGUUUAACUCUGUCAGACGCAGGCAUUCAGCAGAAGAGAGCCACGUCACCCGACGAGAGGCUGGAGCUGGCACAGUGAGGGUCGGCAGGCCCUGACCUGUGCGAGGAGAAGCUAACCAAGACAAGCUGGAACUCAAGUAGAUAUGCUGAAAGCAUCCCGCUCUAAACAAGGCACUCUCCACUUUUUUAAUGUAAAAGAAUUAAAGUAGAAAAGCCUUUAAAACAGAGGUAUGCCAAAAAGGACUUUGAAUAAAUCUGUCAAACAAGCGCACUUUUAAACUUAAACCUUAAGAUCUGCCUCUAAAAGUCUGUGACUCUGAAGUCAAAAUGAUCUUUUUCCACCCGAUAAAAUCUGCUCUGUCACAUGUAAGCAGGAAUGCUUUAUAAAUCGAACAAGAGAGAAACAGUAUGAGGGAUUUAUCAUGCGUCGGGUUCAGUAAAAGUUAAUUGCAAGUUAAUUUAAGUGGCCUUUUGAAUUGUAAAUAUGAUCAGUACAGAGAAUGUUAUGCCAAGUUAUUCAAACCAUAGAAACAUUUAGUCUCAGAGGGCAGAACCCGUGGGGAAAGUGAAACCUACCUUCAAAUGAGUGUAUGUUUGUCCAAAUAAAAUUUAUUUUAAUCACUU